UCAUGCACCGGGUUUAUGUCGGCAGGUUGCAUCAGAUUGUUAUUUCACAGUUUACAUCUCAAUUUUCAAGGUUUUUUAACAAAUCUUCCUCCAAGAUGGUUCUUGAUCUCGAUCUCUUCAGGGUUGAUAAAGGCGGGAAUCCUGACAAAAUACGUGAAAACCAAAGCAAAAGAUAUUCUGAUGUAACAUUGGUAGACCAAGUCGUCGAAGCCGAUUCUCAAUGGAGAAAAAUUCGUUUCUCAAUGGACAACUGGAAUAAACUUAGAAAUUUGUGCAGCAAGCAAAUUGGUGAAAAAAUGAAGAAAAAGGAACCAGUUGGAAGCAGUGAUGUUUUGCCUCCAGAGAUUUUAGAAAAACUUGAGACACUCACUCCUGAAGAUAUGCAGAAUCUGACAGUUACCCAGAUCAAGAUGGUYCGUGGCUUGGUAGAUGAAGGCAUGGAGAAAUGUAAUGUUGAAGUUGUCCGUCUUGAAAAGCUGAGAAAUGACAAGCUCUUUGAAGUGGGCAAUUGGCUCCAUGACUCUGUCCAUAUCAGCAACGAUGAGGAUGAAAACCCAAUAGAAAGGACAUUUGGGGACAGUUCUGUCCACAAGAAAUAUUCUCACGUUGACUUGGUUCAUAUGGUAGAUGGUGUWGACACUGAGAGAGGGUCUGCAGUUGCUGGAGGAAGAGGGUAUUUUCUAAAGGGACCAUUAGUGUUUUUAGAACAUGCCCUAAUUCAACAUGCUACAAGAAUGCUCUAUGAAAGAGGAUUUGUGCCACUAAGCACACCAUACUUCAUGAGGAAAGAAGUCAUGCAAGAAGUGGCACAGCUUAGUCAGUUUGAUGAAGAAUUGUACAAGGUCAUUGGCAAAGGUGCUGAUGAAGCUGGUUAUGAAGAGAAAUACCUGAUUGCAACCAGUGAACAACCUAUUGCUGCCUUCCACCGUGGUGAAUGGAUGGACAAGAAUGAUUUACCCAAGAARUAUGCUGGUUUUUCCUCGUGCUUCAGGCAGGAAGUUGGUGCCCAUGGACGUGAUACACGUGGCAUUUUCAGAGUUCACCAGUUUGAAAAGGUGGAGCAAUUUGUAAUCUGUUCUCCACAUGACAAUGUUUCAUGGGAAAUGUUUGAUGAGAUGGUUAACAAUGCUGAAGAGUUUACAAAGUCUCUUGGAAUUCCAUAUAGAAUAGUCAAUAUUGUUUCUGGUGCUUUAAAUAAUGCUGCAGCUAAGAAGCUUGACCUUGAAGCCUGGUUUCCAGCCAGUGGUGCUUUUAGAGAGUUGGUGUCAUGUUCUAAUUGUACUGACUACCAGGCAAGAAGACUACAAGUGCGAUAUGGACAGACUAAAAAAAUGGGAGCAAGUACGGAAUAUGUCCACAUGUUGAAUGCUACCAUGUGCGCCGUCUCAAGAGUGAUCUGUGCAAUACUAGAGAAUUGCCAAGAAGAGGAUGGCGUCCGUAUGCCACAAAUCCUUCAUCCUUACCUUCCUACAGACCUUCACUUCAUGAAGUUCGUCAAACCAGCACCUAUUGAUGAAAAACCAGAGGCCAAAAAACAAAAGAAGAAAAACAAGAAAAAAGGGAAUAAGGAAGGAGCACAAUCAGGAUGUUUAGAACAACAAAUGGAGAAACUAGAUGUGGAUAAAUAGAUUAAUGAAUAAAAUGUUAAAUUAUUGACACAAAUAGACCAUUUGAAAGCAUGGGACCAUAUGGGUAUUGACUCUUGCCAGUUCCAUCUCUAGAAUAAAACAUGCUCCAGUAUUUCACUUAAAGUGUAUGAUGUAGUUGAAAAAUUAUGCAAAUUAAUAAGGAAAUCAUAAAAAUCAAUUUUCAUUUUCAAUUUUAGUUUGCAUAAUUUUUCCUCAGCAUUACAUCUCAUCAGGUAAAGAAACUAUCAAGACUAAAAAAAGUUGAUUUUGUUUUGUUAAAUUCACCAACAAGACAGUAAAUUAAUAACAGCUAUAUUUGUUGCUGAUCAAAAUAAAAUGUACUCCUGUAGACCAUUAAUCUAUGUUUUAGAAAUGUUUUUGAUUAAAAUUAAUAAUAGCAAAG